AUGUUCAAACCGAGGCAGGUCGCCAACAAGACCGGGCCAUCCACCACACGGAAUGUAGUACCACCUCCGACUGCCAGUGCGUCCCUCGGCGCAAGCUCCGGCACAAGUCACGCUCCGCUCUCGCUCGACGACGAUCGACCACCACCCCCAGCUCCGAUCGCCUCAACUUCGACCGCCGCACCUCCAACAGUAGCACCUCGACCAGAUCCCAAGCUCAGCACCAAGGAGAAGGACCGCUUGCAAACGCUGUUGGCCACGAUCGAGUCGUCCUUCUCCGAUUGGGGGUUGAGCACCUAUCAGCGCCAGAACGGCAUGCUGCAACGACUCAAGCAGGACCCAAAUCAAAGUCGGUUCAUUCUUGGCCUGUCCUUUUUGAUGCGGUGCCUUUGGUGACACUGACCCCCCGUCUGUGCUCUAACCUGUAUUCGACCCCUCCCCUCGAACAACCAACCCCUGUCUUCCCUUUCCCCCCCCCCCCACACACGCACGCAGACGUGCACCUCCAAUACGUCGUGCGCCUCGACCCCAUCAUCGCCCUCACCAACAACCAAGCCGACCUGCAAAAGGCUCUACGCCACAAAACUUCAUCAGUCGUAGAGGUUCGUCCCUCUGGUCACCUACACUGUUUUUUGGGAAAGCACGAGUCUGAGCCUUUCUCGAACGUCUACCAGCUCGAUCCGAAUGAUCCAUUUCAAUUGCACGUCAAGCGCACGUUGCACUAUGAUCGACUCGAGCACCUCACACCCAGUCACUGGGAUCCCUGUAUCCUGUACCUCGUACGUCCCCCCCACCUCAUCUCACCUAAAUCGGGGAGCAAGCUGAAAAGAAACAAAACCUCUUCCUCUUGGCUCAUCACAGGAGCACGUCCCCUCCCCAACGCACCACUCGCUCCCGCUCGUCGAGCUCUUGGCCCAACUCCUGCGCACCACAAUCCAACGCAUCAUCCUUCCACCGGGCUACGACCCUUCGAACCCACCUUCGAGCGACGCUCUUCACACCCCAUCGUCCGAUCGACCGACCCAGUCUGAAUUGUUUGAUCAAUCCCGAUCGGUAGCCAAGGAUAAGGACCAUGAGAAGGGCAAGGGGAAAGGGUUGAGAUUACCCAAGAGUGGAGGGACGUUCAAAGGGUUCGUGUUUGUGAUUGUGGAGGAUGUGGAGGAUGCGCAGAGGGUGUUGAGCGAAUGGGAUUGGGACUGGGACGCGCAGGGGGAUAAGGUCGAGCAGGAUGAAGCCGAGGCUUUGGAGAAGGAGUUGGAGAGUGAGAUUGAGAGGGAGAUGGGCAUGGAGGUGGAGGUGAAGGUGGAAGAUCAAGAGCGGGCGGGGGAAGAGCAGGUCGAUUUGGUCAAGGUGGCGAAAAAGGGUGGAAUGAGGGCUAUCACCUAGUGAGUUUUCCAGCGUGUCCGUUUCGGCGUGGCCGUCGCUGACUCUCAUCAUACACGAUGACACCACAGUUUGCGAUGGCUCGAAUUCCAAGCCGAGUAUCUGAUCUACCAACAAGCUCUCGAAGGUCUGAAGAAGGAAGGCUACCGCUCCUCGUCGAAGUCGUACUACAACGGGUAUGACGAUCGCGAACCCAUCCCUUCCAAGGACCUACCACCUCAUCUACGAAUCCCCUCCUCCUCAUCCGCUUCGUCAUCUAACCUCAACUCCAAGACCAAACGACCUUCAACGAACGAGCUUGCCUCCUCAACACCUCACAAGAAACCCCGAACGUCCGACCUCCCCCCUCCGGCCCCAGCUCCACGAGCAGGCAAACCCCUGCCCGCGCUCGAUUCCCGCGCAGCCCUCAAGCUGCACGGUGCCUACCCUCUCGACUGCGUACUCUGGGUCCGUAACCUGCACGAAAAUUCCACCAAAGGUGCUCUACGAACCCUCUUCUCGAAACUCUUGGACCGUCUCGAAGAAGGGAGUGGGAAGGGGUGUGAAUUCGUCGAUUACGAGAAAGGUUUGGAGAGUGCCAAGGUGAGGUUCUCGACGCCUCAUCAUGCGCAAUUGGUCAGGACGCACUUUGAGCAGAAUCCGACGAGGCAUACGAGGAGGGAUUAUUUCAGCUUUGAGAAGGAACCGAUGACGCCGCCGGAAGGGAUGGAGGAGCAGGAUUUGCACGGUGGGGGGGUCGGACCUUUAGGGGAGGGAAGGAGGUUGGUGGUGGCGGAGUUGUUGAAAGGUGAUUUGGAGAGGGAGUACUGGGAUAAGAUUCCGGAGGAGAAGAGGAGGGACGCGAGGAAGAGCGCCAAAGUCGAGGUCGGGAUCGUGGGGAAGAAGAACGUUGCUCCGACGGGGGACGGGGUGACUCAGGGUCAGGGUCAGGGUCCGUCUGAAGGGGAAGAGAAGGCUCGGGAGGCGGUGGGUAAUGGGGAUAGGAAUGAAGAACCCGGACAGGAGGGGUCCGAACGGAAUGACGAGGAGAGCAAGGAGGAAGGGAAGGAGAAGGCCAAGAAGAGGAAACGACCCAGUGCUAGGAUCUGA